CUAUCAUAGAUUUAACACAAUCCUAGUGCCAUACUUGGUAAAGUGGUAUGAUUCUUUAUCAAUGUAGUUAGGAAGGAGAAAAAAAAGGGGAGAGGAUAACAGAAAGAAGUUGGAACUUGAGGUAUAAAAAGGGCAUCCAAUGACUCUGUUGAGAGAUUCAGCUCAAGAGAUGAGGUAAGCCAGUUCAUAACUAUCACGAACAACAAUGACAUUCACAGAAUCGCGCUUAUUACAGGCAACCGUUACCAAGAAAAACCCUUACGUCAUUGCAGGAGACGGUAUCAAAAUCACAGUAAAGGACCCAUACACUGGGGAGGUUUCUGAGAUGAUUGAUGGAUGCACAGGUGCUGCCGUUGGCUCACUGGGCCAUGGUGACCCUGACAUCCUUGAGGAGAUUGUCAAAGCCUCAAAGGAAUGCGUCUACUCGUUCCCAUUAGCUAUGACAAACGAAUAUGCUGAAGAGCUUGCUGAUUACCUCAUUGAACGCUCUCCAAAGGGCGCUUUCAAGGCUGCAAUCUUUACUGGUUCCGGGUCUGAGUCCAACGACAACGCGUUGAAAAUCAUCUACCAGUACCAUGUUGAGAGAAACGAUGCUAAGAGGGUCAAGUUCAUUUCGAGACAGAAAUCCUACCACGGCUAUACCCUGGGGGCCAUGGCCAUUUCCGGUUCGAGAACCAGCCCUUUUGAACCCAUCUUGCUGAGUGCAAAGCAGACACCAAAAGUUGGAACAGUUUACAGAUACCGUGAACAGAGAGAUGGUGAAACGGAAGAGCAGUACAAAGACAGGCUCUUGGAGGAGCUGGAGGAGGCCUUUAUCGCUGCAGGUCCAGAUACUGUUGCGGCCUUCAUCACCGAAACUGUUUCAGGUUCUACAGUCGGAACAGAACCCCCAUUGCCAGGUUACUUGGAAGGCGCCCGUGCUAUCUGCCACAAGUAUGGGGCAUUGUUCAUGCUGGAUGAAGUCAUGUGUGGGAUGUCAAGAUGUGGUGCCUUCCACGCUUGGGAGAAGUAUUUGCCUCUUGAUGAUGAAUCAUCCGGUGCUGUUGGUCCAGAUAUCCAAUCUAUCGGAAAGACACUUGGCUCGGGCUUUGUCACCAUUGCAGGUGUCUUGAUCUCGCCAAAGGUUAGAGACACUAUUGCCAAUGGAUCGAACAGCAUCCCAGGUGCGCAGACGUAUCAUUCACAUGCCUUUAACACCAGAAUCGCUCUUGCAGUCCAGAAGAAGAUUGCCAAAUUGGAACUCACUGCUAAUAUUGAGGAAGUUGGCUCCUACAUGGGUCAACUUCUGAAGGAGAAGAUCCCAAAGGUUUCCAAAUUCUGUGGAGAUGUUAGAGGCAGUGGUGGGUUCUGGAGUGUUGAGUUUGUCAAAGACAGAACCACCAAGGAGAAGUUCGCUGUUGAGGAUGACUUCGCCCAUAUAGUUGGCCGCGUUGCCUUCAAGAAUGGUCUUUCCAUCAUGGCACUCUGUGGAGCUGGUGAAGUCGGCGACCAUGUUACUCUUUCACCAUCGUACAUCAUCACCAAAGCCGACGCUGAGGCUAUCGUGGACUUGCUGGCCAAAUCUAUUGUUGAAGCUGAGGAAUUGUUCUUGAGCCAGUAACAUCUCUCGUCUUAUAGGUUGUAUAUAGAUACAAGUUGAAUCUUAUUCU